AUGACCACUGGGCUUUCCGAGCCAGUUGUGAAUACCGGCAUAAAGUACGAAUCUAAUUCCCCCAUUGCUGUUUACAGUUUCGACAAUGCGUACAUCAAUCUCAACCAUAGUCGCGAGGGACUCCCGAUGGGAUGGACCAUGUACAUACAUCCGCGUGGCUGGGUAUAUUUCCGGAAUAGCGAAUACAACGUAAUUGUCGACGAGGACAUUCGUGCGCCGGUGAUGCUUUUCAGAUUCAUGAACUGUCCCAUUCUAGAAACAUUUUCUACGCUCCCGGACGGUGUGGAAGCCAGCUUUCUGAACCUUUCAGGGUCGUACUUUCACCUAUUUGUGGACCACAACCAAUGUACGGCAGACUACGGGGCUACCUACAACCCACAGACUGUGUUCAAGUCGACAUCAAUGCUUCGUCGCAGAGAGCUCUACUGGAAUUUUGUGCAGCAACAUCCUACUCACAUACCAUUUCCUGAACGAGGGUCCCAGGAAGCUGUCGAUGCUAUCAAAUUAUAUUAUUGGGAUAAUCUUUCGAUGGGUACGCGAAGCAUUGUACCCUUCUCCAAGAUUGAAUGCGAAGAGCUAUUGCGAGCGCUUGAUACACCAAAAGGGAUCCAGCCGAAUGCAAAUAUGACAUCUUCUACCGUUCUGGUCGCAUGGAUCCUUCGAGAAGUUUAUAGCUUUCGCAAAGCUGACCGCUUCGGGACAUCCACAUACCGCCAAAUGGACGAUUUCCAUCAGUCCCCGGUAAAGAAUACUCAUCGUGUACCCCGAACGUCUCUGUUGAGUCGAAUCCUUCUCGGCAUCCUCAUGAAUAUCCUGUGUUUUGGCAUCCCACAAACUUAUUUAGAGAACGUUUCAAGCGCGAGUGAAUUCCGUGGGCGCCUUUCCAACUUGCAGCAAAGCUGGGAGAAAUAUACUCAAGAGCUCACGCAGGAAUAUUCAGAUUUCAUAUUGAUUUCAACCGUGCUACUCUCUAUUCCAGCCCGUUCACCCAGUGCGACCAUGGCAUUACUUUCUGUCAACGAUGUAUAUCAGGCCGCGCGAGUGUGUGCGAUCAUGUCCUCAAUCACUGCUCUGGGUAGCAUAACACUCGGCGCAUUCAUGGUGUGGAGACACCGCCGUAACAUGGGGGUGUCACCAUCUUUGACAUUUGCUUAUAUGCAUAAUGCACGGGGUCGUGCACUAGGACUUCCUGGACAUGCCAUCCUGCUGAGUCUGCCAGCUGUACUGCUCGUCUGGUCACUCGUGGGCUUCACCGGUGCCAUUUUGGCAUACGCGUUGCAAAAUAUCGCUAGCGGUACUUUAGUCGAUGUUUCCUGGACUUGGUUUUUGGUUGGUGUAUUCUUGUUGGUCCUUCUGUUCGUGACGAUUGGUAUCCAUUCUUUCUCGGUCAUGUGGAAAUGGUCGUAG